AUGCAGAUCUUCGUGAAAACCCUAACGGGGAAGACGAUUACUCUCGAGGUGGAGAGUUCCGAUACCAUUGAUAAUGUCAAAGCCAAGAUCCAGGACAAGGAAGGAAUUCCUCCGGAUCAACAACGGCUCAUCUUCGCCGGCAAGCAGCUCGAGGACGGCAGAACCCUAGCCGAUUAUAAUAUCCAAAAGGAGUCCACCCUUCACCUCGUCCUCCGUCUCCGCGGCGGUAUGCAGAUCUUUGUCAAAACUCUCACCGGCAAGACCAUUACCUUGGAAGUCGAGAGUUCUGAUACAAUCGACAACGUUAAAGCAAAGAUCCAGGAUAAGGAAGGGAUUCCCCCUGAUCAGCAAAGGCUCAUAUUCGCCGGGAAACAGUUGGAAGACGGCAGAACCCUAGCGGAUUACAAUAUUCAGAAGGAAUCGACUCUUCAUCUCGUCCUCCGCCUCCGUGGUGGAAUGCAGAUCUUCGUCAAGACGUUAACCGGGAAAACGAUCACUCUAGAGGUUGAGAGCUCGGAUACGAUUGAUAAUGUCAAGGCAAAGAUUCAGGACAAGGAGGGUAUUCCGCCUGAUCAACAGAGGCUUAUAUUUGCUGGGAAGCAGCUUGAAGAUGGGCGGACUUUGGCUGAUUAUAAUAUUCAAAAGGAGUCCACUCUGCACCUUGUUCUGCGUCUUAGAGUGUCAACUUUAACCUCCUUUACUCCAGCAUCAAAUCUGUUGUCCCUUUAA